ACAGCCCAGAAUACAACGGUGUAGCUGAGAGAGCACUGGGACUGAUCAAGGAUGCAGCACUAGCCGCCCGCAUACAAGCGCCGAUUCUUUACCCCGAAGCGCCGAGCUACCCCUCCCUUUGGGCCGAAGCUACAGCUUGGGCAUGCAACGCCCUUAACUGCACCUCCACUCAUCCAACCCGGACAAGAAAUCGCCGUACGAAAUGUGGCACGGGCACCAACCUCCCCCAGAGGCGACGUACCCGUUCCUCAAACCCGCCGUAUACAAGGUCAAGCGCACGCACAAGUCAGAGCCGAAAGCAAAAAAGUGUUUUUACCUCGGCCCUGGAAUCAACACAAAUCGUAAUUGCGUGCGCAUCCUGAACGAAGAAGGCCAAGCGAUCACAACUCGCAACUUCACCUGGCAAUCUGUGCCCGCCGCCCCGACCGCGCACCCCCAGCCGCUGCCUCCCAUUGCAGAGGAGGACGAGGAGCUCACGACUGGGGAGCACGAGGGCGGGGAGGGUGCGUCAUGCCACGGUGGAGGGAGGGCGGAGGGAGAACCUGAGGAUGGAGGUUUCCACCUUGACACGACGGCAAACCCGGGGCCCGCGGAGCCGCCCGCGCGUGAUGCGCCGGCGGCGCCGCCGGCCGCGCCCCAGGAGUCGGGCGCGGGCGACGCUGGCGAUGGCGCCCCCUCGAGCAGGGAGGGCGUGAGCGUCGCCCCAUCUACCACGUCGACCGGGAUGGCCGAUGUGGGCGGCGGCGAGGACGACCGUCGCAGCAGCAGCAGCCGCGGUGGCGGCAGCAGCAGCAGCAGCAGCAGCAGCAGCAGCAGCAGCAGCAACAGCAGCGGUAGCGGCAGUGACAGCGGCAGCGACACGGACAUCCCGGCCCUCCGCGGGCCCGAGGGACGGAAGCUCGCCCGCUUUGGCGAGCCGGCGGAGCUCACCAGCCGCCGACUCAGGGAGAACCCUCGCCGGAACAUGAGGUACGAGUCGUCGCCGUCGCCAACGAGUGCCGAAGGCCUGCUCGCCCGCCAUGCGUCGGAGGCGGGGCUGCCCAUCCUGCCCAUCAACAGCACGGACGAGCACACCCGCUGGAUGCUCGCGUGUGUGGUCGACAUGGUGGAAGAGCUAGAGGCGAGGGCAGUGCAAGCGCUGCUGUGUGAGCGCGCGGAGGAGGCCAACAUCGCGCGCCAAGGGGCAGAGGACUUCCUGCUGGGAGUGGAGGACCUCGUGCUCAACUCUCCAGACGCCUUCGUAAAAUUGAGAAGUUCAAAGCGCGUCUGUGACAGCGGCAGCGACAGCGACCGUGACAGCGGCAGCGACAGCGACAGCGGCAGCGACACGGACAUCCCGGCCCUCCGCGGGCCCGAGGGACGGAAGCUCGCCCGCUUUGGCGAGCCGGCGGAGCUCACCAGCCGCCGACUCAGGGAGAACCCUCGCCGGAACAUGAGGUACGAGUCGUCGCCGUCGCCAACGAGUGCCGAAGGCCUGCUCGCCCGCCAUGCGUCGGAGGCGGGGCUGCCCAUCCUGCCCAUCAACAGCACGACGGAGCACACCCACUGGAUGAUCGCGUGUGUGGUCGACGUGGUGGAAGAGCUAGAGGCGAGGGCGGUGCAAGCGCUGCUGUGCGAGCGCGCGGAGGAGGCCAACAUCGCGCGCCAAGAGGCAGAGGACUUCCUGCUGGGAGCGGAGGACCUCGUGCUCAACUCUCCAGACGCCUUCGCGAGGGCCCUGGCGUCGACCGAGCUGAGUACAGAAUCCCCCAUAGGCAAGCGUCCGAGUGACGUCGAAUCCCCCCCCAUGACCGUAGCCGGCGUUAACAAGUCUGUGUACAGAGAGGGAUGGGAACAGGCCAUGAGGGAAGAGUUUGAUGGGCACUUGGGCACGGGAACGUUUUCAUUCGUAGACGGUACGCCAGAGGGGCGUAGACCCGUGAGCUCGAAGUGGCGCUUCACUUGGAAGACAAACAAGGACGGAAAAAUUGUGAAGUUCAAAGCGCGUCUGGUCGCUAGGGGGUUUUCGCAAACCCCGAACGUGGACUACUUCCACUCAUCCUCCCCUUGCCCAUCAUCCGCAUCCAUUAAACUGAUGCUUGCGGUAGCCAACGAGAAAUCGCUGAAACUCAACCACUGGGAUGUCAAGCAGGCGUUUACACACGCUAAGUUGGACGAGGAUGUGUUUCUGAGGCUCCCCGCUGGGUGCGGGGAAAAAUCCCACACGGUUGCAAAGGCUGAGCGUGCCAUUUACGGCUUGAAGCAGAGCGACAGGCAGUGGCGGUACCACGCUGCCGAUACGCUUGUAGAAAACGGGAGUCGAGCAGUUCAAGGCUGACCCGUGCGUCUUCCGCAAGAUGAAAGACGAUGUCGUGGUGAUGAUUAUCGUGAUUUAUGUGGAUGACAUUUUGGUGGCUGGGUCUGAUGAUGAUUGCAAGGAGUUGCUUGCUUCCCUCAACAAGGCAUUCCCCACCAAAGACCUUGGAGAGUGCGUGUGGUUCGACGGGUGUGCCGUCGAGAGAGACCUAGAGGCUGGGACCCUUAGAAUCUCUCAAACCGCGUACAUUGACUGCAUCGUGAAUCGCUUUGAUGUGCAGUCGACCUCCUCCAUCCCUGCUUCCCCUGGUG